AUGCAACAGAGGGCUGCCGUGGGGAACAUGGGGUCAUCAGUCUUCCCCCGCGUCCUCUGGGUCGAUCUCUUCGGCCACAUCUUCGUCCACAACCACAUCCUUUGUCGUGACGUCUACGAGAACCGAGUCACUCUCUUCGUUAAAAUCUUCUCCGACAUUCACGACUGCACCAUCCCCCGCGUCCUCCUCGAGCGUCAGGCGCACAUACAUCAUCGUCGCGGCGGCCGUCGGCAGAGAAGAAGACGGAUUGCUGCACGAGAACUAGAAGAAGCGAAAGUCGUCGCACCAUUCCCGUCUAAUACCGGUACCGGGAGUCCCACAUCGUCAAGACGAUUCAGAGGGCGGGACCGGACAAAUAUCCCUCCACAGAAAAAGAUCCAAGAGUCUGGGAGGUCGGCUCCUGUCAAUUUAAGCCCGCACUCGUCAGGACCAACCUCUAUGCCCGAGCAACGAAGAAUCAUGACGCAGCUCGAAGAAAUCCAAAACCAGAUUCGACGGGUAGAAGAGACAGUGGUCAGGAAUAGCGUACAGCCAGGGGUCGUUGAGGGUAGGGCAGAAUCUCCGCCUCAGUACGUAGCCAUCUCCAGCGCGAAUAGGGAACGGCCAUUAGAGUGA